AUGUCGAGUAAUAUCGCUGAUAGUUCUGAAACAGUUCUUACAUUAUUGAUUAAGGUCCGAGAUAAUUUCAAAUAUUUAGCCGAUUGUUAUAGAGGAAAUGAUGACCCAUUACUUUCUGAUGAAAUUGAUAAUCUUCAAAUACAAACCGAAUUGAGGAUAACUCAAAUCGAAAAUAAAUAUAACUACGAGAUUGGUCACCUAAGAGAAGGUAUUAUUGAAGAAAAUGAAAUUCUUCUAUUUAUUCAGCAACAAACUAUAAAUGAGCAAGUAGAUAUAAUCCGAAAUCAGCAAGAUUUUUCCAAUGAAUUGGCAGAAAAAAAUCAGACUCUUCAAGACCAGUUAGAUUUAUAUCGUACCGAAAAUUAUAGAUUAACAGAAUCCAUAAUUAGUAUUCAAGGGGAAUUGUUGGAAACUCAGCAAAACUUUGAAGACCAGUCAAUAUAUUAUGUAGAAGUAUCUGAAAUUUUGUAA